AUGAGGUCAGAUAAUUGUGAGUUCCUCAUGUGCACUCAAUGUGUGUGGCUGUGGCUGUUCUCUGCACACUUGCUCCCUCUUCUGGCACGUGUGGUUUCUGUGCCUCUGGAAUGGCUGCUCAACCUCUCCUUUGUUUCCACGAUGAUCACAGGGACCGAGGUUACUGUCUUUCUCUUUGUUAACGUCUUUGUGGCGUAUAGACUGGCAAGAGCUGCUUAUAGAGAGAUAAUGUGCAUAGAGUGCUGUGCUAGUCCAUACUCCCUGCUUGGUUUAACGUUCAUGGUAUCAUAUGCAGCUCUGGGACUCCUAAAUCUCUGUAAGUUCUGCCUCAGAGGAUUUAACGCUUUGCAGAUCCACAAUGUCAUGCACAGAGGUGUGACAGAGGGGGUGACGCUGUUACUGGCCCUGCAGACUGGGUUGUUGGACAUGACAGCUCUACAGCACUGCUUCCUGCUCUUCAUCAUCCUUUUCAUUGUCUUCACCUCUACUCUACAAAGCAUGAGCGAAAUCACAGAGCCUAUUGUUUUAUAGAUUUGAGCCAAUAGAAAUGGGAGUGUCCGGAAGCAUUUGUGUGGGCUAUCAGUGUGUGUGUUUCUACUACUAUUUCUGGUAUUCAUGGCCUACAAGAAUGCCCAAUUUUUCCACAUGGAUUUCUGGCUGCUGAUUCUGGUCUCCAGCUGUGACAGGCACUCUCCUGAUCUACUGCCUGUUCAUGGUGGAGGUGUGGUGCGUUGCGGCGCUGCCCCACCUGGUCUGGAUGAGAUUGUUUGUUAUGUGAACGGAGUUUGCCAGGUUUGCAGUGGCUGUGUGUGUGGCCUACGGGGCGUAGGAGUCUCUGUGGGGACAUGACGUGUGGUGAUAACCUACUGUGGUAAUUUCUUCCAUGGCACCUGUUUGAGAAAGUGGCUUUAUUUGCAAAAGACAUGCCCAAUGUGCCAUGCCUCCGUCAAACCCUCCUCGACUAAUCAGAUGGGUGCAGCAGGUGAUGCCCAGCCACAACAAGCACAGCAAACAGAGCACCACCCCCAUCCAUCAGAGCAACAGCCUCACCCAGAAAACUCAAGAGUCCCAUCAAGAGGAAGAGCAGGGCUCACAGGGAGAUCGUGUUCACUUCACAGAGAGGAACUGUGAUGAGUUUGAAAGAAAAUAUUCAAACUCUGAGAGGAAUUGUAGCAAGGGGAGUCUUCAGAAUUUGCAUAAUGGUGCAAAUGGAGAUUCCCAAGGUGUGGGAAAUCCCAGCUGUUCAUCCCAAGAGGAAGCCAAAAGCCCUAAGAAUGAGACACAAGAGCUCAGGGAAGCAGAUUUAAAUAAACAAUCUCAGCCAGAGAGAACAUACAGUAGAGAGACUGUCAUGGCAACAGAACAGACUGAGCAGAAAUCUUCCUCGGGAGGAAAAGGGCAAAGUGGGCACUCUGUAAGGAAGGAAGCCUUAACGAGAGGGUUGCAAAUAACUGCCAGAAAUGCAGAAAGAAUACAGGCACAUAAUUGAGGACAAAGGCAUGGUGAAUUUUUCAUAUCACAGGACCUCAAUAGCAUUAAAUUAGAGUUAACAUAUGAUAUUCAUGUUGAAUAAACUUUUCUUGGAAUUUGUUAAAACAUUAUAUGUCAAAUAAGAUACUUUGAGGAUGAUUGUCUAGUUCAAAGCAAAGGCAUGAAGAAACAGGGCGCUAGAAAACAUCCCAAACUCUGCUAGUGCUUUGUUGUAGAUAUUACUCAUGACAAACUCAUUUGGGAAAUUAGCCUGAUUCCAUACAUUCCUUGAGUGAAUUUUGUGUGACUUGUUUCUAACUGUGCCUCUGACGCUCCAUUAUGAGCUUUGUUUGAAGAUAAUUUAUGUGAUUUUAAGUCAUGAUCAUUCUGUCAAAUCACAUUUAGAUUUAUGGAUAAAUACUGACCAAAUUAAUUAAUUAAUAGACAGUCCAUGAGCAGCUCUGUACGCCAGGCAAAGAUCAUUGUUAAUGGGGAAAUUCCAGUUUAGGCUGCACUUUACAAACAAUAAAGGUUAAAAGGCUUAUACAACCACAUUGAGUGAAGUUGUUUCGCCCUGUGGUUAAAGACUUGCACAGUUUCAUUUAAACUUCUUUGCAAAACAAUAAUUUUGAGGCAGUUCCGUGUCCAGUUUAGUAUGUUGUUAUCCAUUGCCCUACUGAUGUAUGAUUAAAACUUUUGAAGUUAUUAUUGGUUUAUUUACAGAUUGAAUUCACAUUUUGUCUGAGCUCACAAACACUUGCAGACUCCAGAAAGUUAUUGACAUAUUACUUUGCCAUUUGUACACUUAUCCAAAAAGAAUAUUGGGGAAAAGUAUCAGCUGGGCCAAAAAAGGGUGAUAUAAUUUACUCCAUUUGGACGCAUUUUGGUUACGGUAUUUUGUAACAAACGUUACGUUUUUAAUUUGUUCUGUUUAGGUUUUGAUACUGCAUCAGAUUUUUUUAUUUCGUCUUUUUUGUAAUUUAACUUAUACAUUUCGAAUAAGUAGUUAUAAUUCAGCAGUGUUUCCCAGGCUUUUUUACAGUAAAAUACCCCACACGCAUCAUCAGUAAGGCUGUAUUACCCCCUUCAUCGACACAUCAGUUUGUAUAGUCUUGGCCUGUUUGACCAUGCAAAACCCAUAAUUCUGAUCGGUUAGAAAAGUCAUAGCAACUGGAGUCAGUUUGAAGGUCAGUGCCAAGUUUGGUGGAUGUAGCCUGAAAGCUUUAGUCAGAAAUGUUGGUCUUGUUUUGGGAUUUAAAAAAAAAAACAUCUCUAUAGAUCGAAAGUGUAAUGAUUAUAUCAUUUAACAUUGUCAUUAGUACUGAUUAUUAUCAAUGUUAAUGAUCAAUAAUAUAUUUCAGGUAUAUGUUGUAUUAUUAUAUUUUACGUCCAUUGUGUUUACUAAGGAAAAAAUCUCUUAGUAUCUUAGCUAAUGCUAUUAU